AUGGUCAAGUCCUGCUCCAGGGUCCUGCCCUGGACAACUUGUGGCAAUGACUGGAACACCGAUCUGUGUGUAGAAGACUUGAGGAACGUCACCCAUAGCAGCAACAACGGAACUACCCCGACUGUUAACAUAACCGUCCCUGUCGCACAGCGUUGGGAAAAUGUCACGCUCGCUCACUCGGCGUCUGAGGAAUUUUGGCAGUACAAUGUACUGAGUAUCUCGACCGGGUUGGACGACGUGGGGUCUGUACAGUGGCACAUAGUUGGGUGCCUCUUUGCAUCAUAUGUGCUCAUCUUUCUAUGUCUGAUCCAUGGAAUUAGGUCCGCGGGCAAGGUUGUGUAUGUGACUGCGCUGCUUCCGUACAUCCUGCUGCUGUCCAUCUUCAUCACUACAUUGCUAAAGCCUGGAGCCACAGACGGCCUUCUAUACUUCCUCGUUCCCGACUUCAAACAACUACUUGACAUACAGGUGCGCUACUACUUGACAUACAGAGACUGCCUCAUACUGACCAUGGUAUCGGAGGGAACCAGCAUCUUUUCUGGCCUGGUGACGUUUGCUGUUCUUGGAGUGAUGGCACAGAAAACAGGUGUCCCCAUUGCGAAGGUAGUUUCGACAGGUCCAGGUUUGGGAUUUGUAACCUACCCAGACGCGCUAGCCCAACUUCCGGUCCCUCAGCUGUGGUCAUUCCUGUUCUUUCUGAUGUUGUUGAUGGUUGGCUUAGAUUCUGAGUUCAUGGGUACUGAAGUGGUUGUUACUGCGUUCGUUGACCAGUAUCCAAAACGCUUGGGGAAGAGGAGGAUGCUUGUAACAGCAGGAUUCUGCCUUACGUUAUUUUUUCUUGGAAUCGUCUUCUGCACACAGGGAGGGCCGUACAUGUUCCAGCUGCUGGACUGGUAUGAAGCCUCUCUUGCUCCCAUGGUGUUCUGCACAAUGGAGUGUGUUGCCGUCGGGUGCAUAUAUGGAAUUAGACGCAUGACCAACGACGUGGAGAUGAUGUAUGGAAAACGACUAUCACCUCUCAUCAAGGUUCUCUUGGUAUUUGUGACACCAGCAGUCUUAACAAUCACAUUCAUCCUGACACUUCUCCGCUACCAACCACCAACCUACGGCAAGUACGUGUUUCCUAGCUACGCCUCUACAAUCGGCUGGAUUAUUGCAGUGCUGCCCCUUCUACCGAUACCCGUCUACAUGUGCAUGACUGUUAGGAAGCACAUGACGACAAAUUCCCUGAAGAAGAGUGUGAAUCUUGCCUUGAGUCCUGCCGAUGACUGGCUCCCUGCCGAUGUCGGAUACAGGGAGGAGUACAGGAUGCAACACCUGGCACGAAGACCAACCUUCAAAUCCAAUAUUGUGGAUAUGUUCAAGCAGUGA